UCUCUCUCUCUGUCUCUCACACACACACAUUACAUUUUGUUCAAACACAAAGGCUAAAAAGAAGAGAGAAACAAAAAAACAAAGACGAGAGAAGUAGAGGAGGAUGGUUUCAACGAGGAGAAGUGGAUCUCUCUCCGGUAACACCAACAACAACAGCAAGAGAUCAUCGUCGUCGGAAGAUAAACCUCCGUCACCGAAGCGUCAAAAGGUCGAUAAUGGCGGUACCUCGGAGAAGCCGGCGCCGGCGGGGGCCGAGAAUUCCAAGGAAUCGUGCACCGCUCCUGCGACGUCGGAGAACGCGCCGAUCGCCGGAGACGCCGUGAGCCCGCGGAAGGGCGAGGCCGCGCCCGUGGCGACGCCGAUCGCGGAGGGGGCUUCGCCGGCGGUGAUGGUGGAUAAGCCGAGGAGUUCUUUCUCGUCGUGGAGUAGUUAUCAGAAGCGGACCAAUCCGGGGACGACCUUCGAGAACUCGAUGCCAUGGUGCAAGCUCCUAUCACAGUCUGGACAGAAUGCAAACGUUUCCAUAUCCACUGAGAACUUCGUGAUUGGUUCAAGUAGGCAGUGCAAUUAUCCAUUGAAGGAUCAGAGUGUUAGUGGGAAUCUAUGCAGAAUCAGGCACACGCAGCGCGACGGCGUUGAUGUAGCCGUGCUAGAUAUUAUGGGGAGCAAGGGAACGGUGCAAGUAAAUGGGACAAAUGUCAAGAAGAGCGGUGGCAGCUGCGUGCUUAAUUCCGGUGAUGAGUUGGUGUUCGGGGCAAACCAUGCUUAUAUCUUUCAGCAUCUGAUGAAUGAGGCUGCAGUUAAAGGUUCAGAGGUUCAAAGUCUUGGAAAACUGCUGCACCUCGAAAGGAGGGCGGGAGAUCCUUCAGCCGUGGCUGGAGCUUCAAUACUGGCCUCUCUUUCUAGCAUGAGACAAGAUAUAUCACGUUGGAAGUCUCCAGCUCAGAGCAUCACUAAAAUGCAACAGGGUCCCGAGGUACCUACUCAAUCUGUUGUUAAUGAUGGCACAGAAGUUGAGCUUGAUGGCCUGGAAUGCAACUCGGCACCAAACAGUGGGAGUGAUAAAGCUGCAGAAAUUGGAACAAUCAACAAGAACUCUCUUCACGAUUGCAACCCGGACUCUGGCAUAGAGGCAGGCAAUGUAAAACUCUCUGGGGUGAAUGAUUUGCUAAGGCCUUUGUUCAGGAUGUUAGCUCAGUCAACUAGUUGUACACUGAAAUUGAGCAAAAGUAUCUGUAAACAGGUUUUGGAAGAAAGAAACGAUUGGAUGAGGGAUACGCAGCCAGCAUCAACGUCGGGUAUGUCUUUGCGGUGUGCAGCAUUUCGAGAAGAUGUUUCUGCAGGAAUUAUUGAUGGCAGAGACAUAGAUGUUUCAUUUGACAGCUUCUCUUACUACUUAAGUGAGAACACAAAAAAUGUGCUGAUUGCAGCUUCAUUUAUACACUUGAAGCAUAAAGAACAUGCAAAGUAUACCUCAGAGCUUACUACUGUGAAUCCAAGAAUCUUGCUUUCUGGUCCUGCAGGGUCUGAGAUAUAUCAGGAGAUGUUGGCAAAGGCACUUGCUAACUACUUUGGAGCUAAAUUGCUCAUAUUUGAUAGCCAUUCAUUUUUGGGUGGUUUAUCAUCAAAGGAAGCAGAGCUGCUGAAGGAUGGAUAUAAUGCAGAAAAAUCCUGCAACUGCCCCAAACAAAGUCCUUUACCCAUGGACUCGGCUAAGAGCACGGAUCCAUCAGCAGUUGAAGCGGAUCCACCCAGCUCUGCAAAUGCACCUUCUUCUAAUGGCUUGGAAUCUCAACCUAAGAUGGAGACUGAAACUGUACCCUCUGCCUCUGGGACAUCUAAGAAUUACUUGUUUAAAAUAGGUGAUAGAGUAAGAUUUAAUGGUUCAGCUUUGGGUGGUUUAUAUCCAGCAGCAUCUCCUUCACGGGGCCCAUCUAGUGGAAGCCGUGGAAAGGUGGCAUUAGUUUUUGAGGAGAAUCCAUUGUCAAAAGUUGGUGUAAGGUUCGAUAAAUCCAUACCAGAUGGGGUUGAUCUUGGAGGUCAAUGUGAGGGAGGUCAUGGAUUCUUUUGUAAUGUAACUGAUCUUCGUUUGGACACGGGCUCAGAAGAAUUGGACAAGUUACUUAUUAACACUUUGUUUGAGGUUGUAACUAGCGAAAGCAGAAGCUCACCUUUCAUUCUAUUUAUGAAAGAUGCUGAGAAGUCUAUGGUAGGAAAUGGAGACUCAUAUUCUACAUUCAAAAGCAAACUUGAAAAGCUUCCUGAUAAUGUGGUCGUAAUAGGUUCUCACACUCAUACUGACAAUCGCAAAGAGAAGUCACAUCCUGGCGGUCUGCUUUUCACGAAAUUUGGCAGCAAUCAGACUGCUCUUCUUGACUUGGCUUUCCCGAAAAAGGGUCAUUUGCAGUUUUCUUUUUAUGGCAAUGCUUUUUGUCAGUUUUAAUUUUUAAUUUUUUUUCAAGUUUUUAUUUAUGAGAAA